AUGGCUGCCACGUUUUUUGGGGCUCUUGGAUUCUGUUGUAAAUUCUUUGUUAUAUUUGGCUUUCUUAACGCUCUUUUCAUGUUUAAAAUCGAAAAAAUUAGAAGUAGACAACAAGAUAGAAGUAAUGCUGUCGAGGUAUUGCUUCUAAAUCGUCAAUUUGCGGCAAAAUCGAUGGCAAGGCAACGAUUUCGUCGAACAAUCGUGUUAUGGGGGCGCCAUGGAAUGACAUUAUUGGCGUUCUUGGAUCAUUCUAUUCUUGUAAAUAUAACUAUAUCUAUGGAUGUGCAUCCGAAUCCUGGUCCAAAUAAUGCGGAUAAGAACAAGCAUGUUGACAGUGGUGAACUCCAUGGUCGAGUUAGUAGAGGUUUGGUUGCAGUGGAUAGGGAGAAGCUCUUAUCUUUUCGGAAACUUGCUACGAAGCCGUUGGCCAAUGAGAUGGCAACGCUGAAAAUGUUAGGUAUCUUGAAGUAUAGAGGCAGGCGUGGUGGUAAGAAAACUAUGGUUUUUAGAUCAAUAGAAGUUGUCAAAUCAUGUCGCGCUGCAAAACCUAGUUAUGUUCAUGGCAAGAAAGUCAAGCCUAGAUGUCUGAUCAGUAUACCAUUGAAAGCAAUGACGAGAUCACUAACUAGCCCACAUUUAGCGGUUCCCAAAUGUUUGUUUGUUAAUAUAUGUAGUCUCGCAAAGACAAAUAAUAGAGUCAGAGCUGUUGUAGCUCUUGAAGCUGAUUUGCGAAAUAAUGACAUUGAUGUAUGUGUGGUAUCCGAAACGCAUCUCAAACCUGAACAACCUGAUGCCAUUGUUAAUAUUCCAGACUAUUCUAUAUACAGGAGGGACAGAAAUUGGUCAGGUAAUGACAUGAGAAAUAAGGGUGGUGUCGCGAUAUAUAUUCGUAAUAAUAUCACGGUUGUUGAUGUUCACACAGCAACUGAUUAUGAGGUUAUCUGCAUAACAAUACGUUUGCCCUUAGGACAGCACAUGUUGAUAUGUGGUGUUUAUCAUCCUCCUAAGUACAAUUAUCCUGAAGGUGAUAUAAUGAACUACAUUGUUAACUUUGCGGAUAAUGUAUUAGAUAAUCUCCCGGGAACAGUUAUUGUUUGUGGCGGUGAUCUAAAUAAAUUAAAUGUCAAACGUUUGGAAGAAUUAUCAGGAUGGACGACCCUAGUUGACUUUCCAACGAGGGGAAAUAGUUGUUUAGAUAAUUGUUUAGUCAAUUGGUCGGAUUUAUUUGGAAAAUGUUAUCCCAUCAAUAUGUUGACGAAAACAGACCAUAAAGGCGUUAUAUUACCAGCUGGAAUAAAGCUUCCCCCUGUACGAAGGAAAAUCCAAGUUCGUGAUCAAAGGGAGCAUCGCAAGAAUGACUUGUAUAUGGCACUAGCUCAGGAGAACUGGAAUGAGGUUUUUCUGAGUACCGAUAUUGAUCAAGCAGUGAAUGAACUUGAGAAAGUUAUACAUGGCCAUUUAGAUCGAUGUAUGCCCUUAAGAACUGUGACUAUGUCUUCACGAGAUCCGAUCUGGAUGAGCCCACUAGUAAAGGUUAUGUUGCGUGUGAAAUCAAGAAUAUCAAAAGGAAAUAAAGAUCGUUUGAUUGUUUUAAAUAAACGGAUCUCAGCAGUAAUCAAUCAAAAUAGAACGAAAUCUUUACAGGAUGUUGGUACACGGGAUUGGUGGAAAAGAGUGGACAAUAUAUCGAGGCGCCGUCAGAGAGCUGCUACUUCCCUUGAUCAUAAUUCACUUCGUGACUUAAAUACCUAUUUUGGCAAUGUGUGUACAGAUAUCAAUUAUGAAAAUCCACAACCACAGGACAUUAGUGAUGACGUUGAAAUUCCAACGGUUAAUGAAUGGCAAGUGUGGAAUACUCUUAAACUUAUUAAAAGAACAGCUAUGGGUCCGGAUUCGAUACCGUAUACAGUUUGGAAGGAUCAUGCUGAGCUAUUAACUCCUGUAAUGACGAAAGUUUGGAAUCUGUCACUUAAAACACAUACUUGGCCUGUCUCUUGGAAAAGAUCUAACAUCGAUCCAUUGGCAAAAGUUGAGUUACCAAAGGAGAAUAAUGAUUAUCGUGGUAUUAAUAUAACACCUGUUAUAGCAAGAGCUUUCGAAAAGAUUGUGUUGAGAGUGCACGCUAAAGAUUGUAUCGAACAGCAUUUGAAGGCAUCUCAGUUUGCCUAUAGGAAGGGUGGUAGCUGUACUGAUGCAUUAGUGGCGGUUCAACAUACUGUUAAUCAAUACCUUGAUAACCCAGAAUGUAAAGCUGUUCGUGUUUUUGCCAUGGAUUUUAGUAAGGCCUUUGACAGCGUAAAACAUAGUUUAUUAUCGGAGAAAUUUAGGCGAAUUGGUCUUAAUCCAUACGUAUUCAACUGGUAUCUUAGCUUCUUAAAAGAUAGAGAACAAAGAGUUGUCAGCAAUGGAUUUGUUAGUGUCUGGACACGUGUGAAUAAAGGAACUACUCAGGGUAGUGUGAGUGGCCCACAAUUGUUCAACGUCUUUAUUAAUGAUCUUGAGAUAUUAUCGGCAUCAGAGUGUGGUCUGGAAAGAGAACGAUGCUUCUGA